AUGUCAUACUCCAGCCAAGUAUCUACUAUAAACACACCUGACGUUUCAGCAGGCUUCAUCGACUUUUUAGCGAAUGCUAUCAAAUACACCAAGACGUAUGUUUAUAAUAAUCUAUUAAGCCAAGGUGAAAAUAUUUCUGUUAAAAAAACUAGAAACGAUGUAAAACAUAUAUCGGAUGAUUGUGUUAAUCAACAACAGACCAAUGAUAAACCAAAUGAUAUCGAUCCAUGGGGUGGCGAAGAUUCAGAUAAUAUAUGUCUUGAAGCCCUUGAUAAAUAUAUUUGGGGUGAAGAAUACACAGAUGAUGAGAAAAUGUUGUUAAGAGCUUGUAUUGAAUCUAAUACCUAA